AGUUGUAGGCAGUGAAUAGCGAAAUAAACUUUUCAACAUGAUCAUUAACCAGUUAUGGUGGGAAGGUAGUUGUAAGAUUUUCAUAUUCAUGUGUAGGAAUUUAGCACCCCCCCCCUCCUAGAAGAAUGAAAUAUUUUAGAAAAUAUUUAAAAAGGCAGAAUAUUAUAUUUCCCUGGAUGAGAAAUGGAGAAACAUGUUUUAAAGACAAAGCAGCUCCCUGCAACUUCUUGCCACCCCCCACCUUUGUCAAUGGGCCAUUAAAGCCUCAACCAAGCUCACUCAUUUCCCCCCACCUUUGUCAAUGGGUCAGAGGUAGAAACUCAUUCUCCCCACCUUUGUCAAUGGGCCAUCAUCAUCUGCAACACAAUAGGACUCAUCUAGCAACAGAAACUCACCACAUGGCAAGGCUCAAGCAAGCUUGAGAGACAACCUACAACGUUAGCUAAGACCCCUAGACCACCUGGGAGUUUGACAACCAAUCAGGAUACUCUUCCUGUGCCCCAGAAAGUUCAAAGCUCAGAAAAAGCAUAAAGCCAGGGAGCGCACAGGAUCUCGCCCCUUUUCUGUUCAGGAACUCAAGCCAUGUGAUCCUGACCACCAUUAAACCAUCUUUCCAAGCAGCCUCCAUGUUUCCAGUGUCUUUGUCCCCACUUGGAACUGAACCCAGAUGGAUAUUUCUUCCAACACAUGAAAGCAACAGAACUGAUUCCUUCUUUGUUCAUAGGCUCAUCCGUACCUUAAUGCAGCAGUUAAGAUCCAGUUGCCACCCAAAGAGGCUCUGUAACUAAUACAUUAUCUUAAUCCCGUAAAGCAUUGACAACUGAGAUUUUCAGGCUAGACCUGUCUUGGGUUGGCUGGAUUCGCAAAGUGGUUUGGAAGUUUUUCUUCAGGGCUAAAGACAGAGGAGAUAUUCUUUAAGUAAAAGAACAUUUAUGUAGAAAACAACAGAAGAGGAGCAGCUGCUCUAGGAACAAAAUCCCUGCACCAAGAACCGGCCAAAUAUUGUAGGCGUUUGCCAAAUCCCUCCUUUCAUAUUCUCUUCAGAAGUGCUAUUUCUUUUCCGACACAGGAGCCGAGCACUUUGCAUAAUUAGCUGGAAGGACUGGGAACAAGCCGAGUUGCAACAAGAUUGAAGGAAGUGUGUGGAAGUUUAUUUUUCUUUUCUUUUUUUUGACCUUGGAUGUCAAGAGCAAUGGAACAACUGAAUCCACGCAGCGUUCUGGUGACUGGCUCCAAUCGUGGACUUGGCUUGGAGCUGAUCCGACAUCUGACAGCCAAGAGCAAACCUCCAAAAUGGAUCUUUGCCACUUGCCGGGACCCAUCUGGAUCCGGUGCCCAGGACCUGAAGAAUCUGGCUGCUAAAAACCUGCCAAUUGUCAUCAUCAAGCUGGACACAACUGAUCCAUCCAGCGUCAAGGCCGCCGCAGCCAAAGUUACAGAAUACCUAAAAGGGGCUGGAUUGAACCUCCUGAUUAAUAAUGCAGGGAUUAUAAAUAUGAGCAGCCUGGAGACUGAAACACCAGAGAGCAUGGCUGAGACCUACAGAACCAAUGUGAUUGGGGCCAUGAUGGUUGUCCAGGCGUUCCUUCCUUUGCUGAGGAAGGCAACUCAAGAAAGUCCCCUGGAAGGCAUGAGCUGCAGCAAAGCAGCCAUCAUCAACAUUUCUAGCCAAGCAGGCUCCAUCACAAGCGUCUUUGAAUGGCAGUGGGGCCACGUCAUUGCUUAUCGCUGCAGUAAGUCUGCUCUGAAUAUGCUCUCCAAAUGCCAGUCCUUGUAUCUUGCCAAAGAUGAGAUCUUGUGUGUUGCGUUGCAUCCUGGAUGGAUACAGACCGACAUGGCAAGUUCAAUGGGAUCACCUCCCCUGACAACGGAGCAGAGUUUGCAGGCUAUCCUGAACACCCUCGGCCGUCUCUCUGAGAAAAAUACGGGCACAUUUGUUAACUGGGAAGGGAAUAUUAUUCCCUGGUGAAACAAUCAAGAAUUUCCUUCUCCCCUUUGCAGGACGAUGUUCUCAUCGAAGGCAAUGUAGCUUUCUAUCUUCUGUCGGUGCUCACUCUAUCCUGCUCAGCUGCAUGUUCUCCAACUCUCCCGUGCUUCAGUUACUCUAUCUGGUGUCCAUAAAACCUUGUUUAACCUGGCUCUUUCAGGCUACAGGUCCCAGUGAUCCUUCUGAAUAGUUCUAGCAGAGGUGGGUUUCAGCAUGUUCUGACCAGUUCUGUAGAACCGGUAGCGGAAAUUUUGAGUAGUUCGGAGAACCAGUAGUAAAAGUUCUGACUGGCCCUGCCCCCCAUCUAUUCUCUGCCUCCCAAGUCCCAGCUGAUUGGGAGGAAAUGGGGAUUUUGCAGUAACCUUUCCCUGGAGUCAAGCGGGAUUGGAAAUUUUACAGUAACCUUCCCCUGGAGUGGGGCGAGAAUGGAGAUUUUAUAGUAAAAUUGCCAUGCCCACCAAGCCACGCCCACCAAGCCACAUUCACAGAGCCGGUAGUAAAAAAUUCUGAAACCCACUACUGAGUUCUAGGUGUCACUGGCAGACAUGUGUAAAUGUCAGAGUUCAGGCAGCGUAAGUAGUAUUAUGAGAUAAACCCAGGAGCAAAACACAGCACACAGCACACAGAGCCUUUAGAUAAAGAACAGUGGUUUUAUCUACAGCUAAAUAUUUACAAACAUAUAAGUAGUUAAAUACCUUUACAUAUAGCUACUGACACAACGAGGAGAGAACAUGAGGAGAAUGCAUGAGGAGAAAGAAACGCCCUCUAAUGGCUUUCCUUAUGUAGGCAGCUUCUGACCCAGCUUCUUAAAAGUGGCAGUAACUCUGCUGCCUCAUUCCAUUGCAUUAGCUUCCAGUUGCCUCCGCUUACAACUUCUCAUCAGCUUACAGCUAUUAAAUCUUCUUACCCUGGCAUUAAAGCAGUGAUUUCUUAUUGGUGAAUUUUCUUUCCCAAUCUCUGGUACCUUUCUAAACCACACACUUAAGCCUACGAGAAUCAAUUCCUGUACUCCAACUCCAUAUCUGGGGAGAUAGGUCUUCACUUGGACUGUGAAUUAUCUGGCCAAAAUGCCAUCUGGAAUUUCCAAUGUAUUGUUCUAUUUUUUUUAAAAAAAGAUUAUAUUGCGUGAAAUAAAUGAAAC